GGUUAUUCUGGUAAACAUCGCAUCCUCCAUUCCGUCAGUAUUGGGCAAGACUGCCGCAAAUAGAUGUUCGCAUAAUUAUCACUAACUCGAACAGGACUGCACAUCGUAGCAAGUUAAUUAGAUUAUCAUAUGUAACAAUUUCAAUGCAUGAGGUAACAUGGGUGAGAUUGCUGUCUGGAUCGAUGGAAGGGAAAAGCGUGUGGCUGGUAUGACUAAGAAAACCACGUGUGGAGAGGUUGUCAAAACUUUACUGCGUGUGAAAAACAAGGAUCUCAACGACGAACAACACUGCCUGAAUUUUACGCUGUUUGAAAGAUGGCGGGACUGUGAAAGACCGCUGCCUGCUAAAACGAAAAUCUACAAAGUGUGGAAAGCAUGGGGGAAUGAACAGGAAAAUGUCAAAUUUACUCUCAAGAAGUACAAAUCUUCGAAGUCAGGUAGUGAUAACGGUAGGUCUUACAGGCCAAACAAUGAUAAGCGUGAACGAUGCGGGGACGAAAAUAGGAACAAAAUAUCAAGAUCGAAGCACAGGAAUAGUCAACACCGAGGGGAAGACGGUGAUGACCCUGAGUCUAAACAUGUGUUGGAAACUCUGGAAAGUCUGAUCCAGGUUGUGAUUGCACAGGAUCAACGUAUACAAGAAUUGCUAGAAAGGAUAGAAGACACGGAUGAGGAAAUCGAAUAUUAUGAAACUAGAAUUCAUAUUGAAAGACUGAAAGAAAACGGUAAGAACUAUGUACAGGAUUCUUAUCUGACGGACGCGGACGAUGCCGAUAGCGCAAUGGGAGGGGAGAAUAUAGAGUCCUACAUCUCAGCUUGCGAGAAUCUCCUACGAUUGGACCAGGACAUUGAAAACAACGAAACAACAAUUGAGAGAUUGACUCAACAAUUGGAAGAAGAGUCGCUUUCUUUGUCUUCCUUCAAUGAAAAUAACAAUAGCUGUGAGGCUUCUACGCUGAAUCCUGAGAGCGAGGUGGAUAUGGCGGUAAUUCUAGAACUAAACAAGCUUCGUCAAGAGCUGGAAAAGAGCGUGCGAACUGGACUACAACAGAGAGGACAACUCUGUAAGAUAAAACAGGAAAAUGUGAACUCUGACACUGCAUUGGAAAACAAACGCAAGCAGAUAGAAUGCUUGGCUUUGGAAUUGCAGUUAUUGAACACUACAGAUGAACAUCACAACACUGACAAUAUCGACGUUACUAUUGAUGACAUCAUAGAAAAUACGGACAUUCUUACAAAAGAUGUUAAUUAUAGUAGCAAAGAUGCCUAUGACAAUGAAUCAGAUGCCGAUACAGGUUUAAGUUCACUACACAGCCAAGACGAUGACUCACCAACUGUUGUAGAAACAUUAGUUUGAACGGUCUUUAUUAUUUAGCAAAUCUAUAGAGGGCUCCCUCAUAUUGGGAAGAAUUACCAGUCAUCCCCAGUACUUAA